GGCUAAUGUGCAUCCUCUAGUCCAAGGCUACUAAGAGUUUCUAAUGGAAAACAAUACUCCCCAAAAGUCUGGGACAGGCUUCUUCAAAACUUGCUUCAAUGGAGUUAAUGCUCUCUCAGGGGUUGGAAUAUUAUCCAUUCCAUAUGCAUUGUCUCAAGGAGGAUGGCUGAGCUUACUUAUUUUCUUUGCCAUAGCAAUCAUCUGUUUCUACACUGGGAUUCUCCUUCAGAGAUGUAUUGACUCUAGCUCGCUUGUUAAGACCUAUCCUGAUAUAGGUGAGCUAGCUUUUGGCCGGAAAGGAAAAUUCAUAGUAGCAAUAUUCAUGUACCUGGAGUUAUACCUAGUUGCUAUUGAUUUCUUGAUAUUAGAAGGUGACAACUUGGAGAAAUUAUUUCCAAACGCCAACUUUCAUGUUGCCGGACUCAAGAUUGGAAGCAAGCAAGGGUUUGUGUUGAUCUUCAGUCUGCUUGUUUUACCAACGACAUUUCUUCGGAGCUUGAACAUGCUUGCAUAUAUCGCUCUUGGCGGAGUCAUGGCUUCUGUCAUUCUAAUUGCCUCUGUUUUGUGGGUCGGAGCAUUUGAUGGUGUUGGUUUUCAUGACAAAGGUGUGCUUGUGAACUGGUCCGGUAUUCCAACUGCUAUGAGCUUAUAUGCAUUCUGUUUCAGUGGCCAUGCUGUUUUCCCCAUGAUAUACACUGGCAUGAGCAACAGAAAAACGUUCCCCACAGUGUUGCUCAUCUGCUUCAUCAUCUGCACUAUUGGCUACGGGCUGAUGGGUGCCAUUGGAUACUCGAUGUACGGCGAAUCGUUAAGGUCCCAGGUGACGCUCAACCUUCCAUCAAACAAUUUUGGCGCCAACAUCGCAAUCUACACAACGCUCAUCAACCCAUUCACCAAGUUCGCGCUGCUGAUCACUCCAAUAGCAGAGGCUAUCGAGGAUAGCCUUCAUGUUGGCAAGCAGAGGACUGUUAGCGUCUUCAUCAGAACUGCCUUGGUCGUCAGUACAACCAUUGUUGCUCUUGCUGUGCCAUUCUUCGCCUAUGUCGUCGCGCUUACUGGCUCGUUUCUCAGCAGCACUGUCACGAUGUUGCUACCUUGUGUUUUUUACCUGAAGAUCAGCUCAAGGACUUCCAGGAAGCUGAGGCUGGAGCUAGUGGUUUGCCUGAGUAUUAUCAUGAUUGGGGUGGGGAUUAUUGUGGUAGGCACAUCCAGUUCACUGAAACAGAUUGUUCAUAGCUUUUGAAUUCUGAGCACUUUUAGCAGCUGUAUGGACGAAUCAUAUGUGUAGCCUACCCGAGUAAGAUCACCUCUGUAGCCUGUACUUAAAUUCCUAAGAUAGCAUAUGAAGUUAGUUUCGUAUGGAACUCGUAAGUGAACCAUAGACAAGAAGGAUCUUGUGAUGUAGAGUUAACUCCGUAUAAUUUGUCAAGAGACAGCUUGUAUCAGUGAUGUUAUACAUCGAUAUUAUUCAG